GCAUAAAAAAAAUAAAUAGAAAUCAUCACGCAGCUAAAAAUCUUUGUGCGCUGGAGUGGAGGAAACAAUUCAAACAUUGUUGGGAUUAAAAGUGCAACGACUUUAUUAUGAACUUAACGGAGCAGAAUCCGUAUGGCAAUGGCCUUCUUUAUGCUGGAUUUAAUCAGGACCAAGGAUGUUUUGCUUGUGCCACAGACACCGGGUUUCGAGUCUACAAUUGUGAUCCGCUAAAGGAAAAGGAACGCCAAUACUUUCCCGAAGGUGGCCUCAGCCAUGUUGAGAUGCUCUUUCGCUGCAAUUAUCUGGCGCUUGUCGGUGGCGGGAUUCGACCGCUGUAUCCGCCCAACAAAGUAAUUGUCUGGGAUGAUCUCAAGAAAUCACCGGCAAUAUCUUUGGACUUCAAUCAGCCAGUGCGAGCAGUGCGCCUGAGACGGGAUCGGAUUGUCGUCGUGCUGGAGGGCGUCAUUAAGGUGUACACAUUUACACAGCAGCCACAGCAGCUGCAUGUGUUCGAGACCAGCGCCAAUCCGAACGGCCUGUGUGUCCUCUGUCCACACAGCAAUAAAAGUCUACUCGCAUUCCCUGGCCGGCGUACCGGUCAUGUACAAAUCGUUGAUCUUGCCAACACCGAACGAGCCCCAUUGGAGGUGAUUGCCCAUGAGGCGGCCAUCAGUUGCAUUGCCCUUAACUUGCAAGGCACUCGACUGGCCACCGCCGGCGAGAAAGGCACAUUGAUACGCAUUUUUGAUACAGAAAACGGGAAAAAGGUGUCCGAGCUGCGACGCGGCAGCAACCAUGCAAACAUAUUUUGCAUCAACUUUAAUCAUCAGUCGACAAUGAUUGUUGUGGCCUCGGAUCAUGGCACCAUUCAUGUCUUCAAUUUGGAGGACAACAAGCAACGUGAAUCAUCGCUUCCGAUGAUACCCAAGUAUUUUUCCAGUCAAUGGAGUUUCGUGAAGUUCUCCAUACCGCAGGGACCUCGCUGUAUAUGUGCCUUUGGUGCCGAUUCCAAUUCGGUUGUGGCUAUUUGCGCGGAUGGUCACUACUAUAAAUUCCUAUUCAAUAACAAAGGUGAAUGCAGUCGCGAUGUUUGUACGCAGUUCCUGGAGUUGCAGGAUGAUGAAACUUAAAGUUGAGCAAUAACCAUUUGGCGGCUGUACAAGCAUAUUAAUAUCUUCAUAUAUAUAUCUAUGAGAAUCGUGUUAUACAAUAUUAUAUUUAAGCAUGCUUUAAACUUACGUUACAAGUCGAAGUUCACAUAAAACUGUA